AUGGGUUCCAAGAACAUUGUAUUCUUAGCUUUUCUUCUUCUUCUAUCCAUAGUUAUUUUAACUCAAGCCACGCCAUGUGACGACGGAAAAUGUUCAGAGUUAAAGCCAAAACAUCAUGAUAAACAUAAUCAUUGGCCGAGAUCUUCCCCGCCACCACCUAAGAUAUCAUAUCCCCCGCCACCUCCUAAACAUAAAUCUCCUCCGCCACCUCCUAAAAUGUCGUAUCCUCCACCCCCUCCGAAACAUAAAUCUCCCCCGCCACCUCCUAAAAUAUCAUACCCUCCGCCGCCUCCAAAACAUAAAUCUCCCCCACCACCUAAGAUUACGCAUCCCCCGCCCCCUCCAAAACAUAAAUCUCCCCCACCACCUAAGAUUAUGCAUCCCCCGCCCCCUCCAAAACAUAAAUCUCCUCCACCACCUACGACUACAUAUCCCCCACCACCACCUAAAAUCAAACCUCCCCCUCCUCCACCUAAACCAAAAUCUCCACCACCACCUCCUAAACUCAAAUCCCCUCCACCACCUAAAUAUCCUGGGAAUGGGAUAGGAAGUGGUGAACAAUGUUGUUCUCUUCUUGAUGGCCUUACAGACUCUGAAGCAGUCGAUUGCCUCUGUGAUGCCAUAAAAAAUCAAGUUUUCGAUAUUCCUAACUUAACGAUCCCAGUUGAUAUUAAUGUUGUCCUCAAAAAUUGUAAUAGGUCAAGUGGUUUUCAAUGUUCAUCAACCCCACCACCACCUCCAAAACAAAUUCCUCCACCACCUCCUGUAGAAGAUCAUCCCCCACCACCUCCAGCUUCAACACCACCCCCGCCUCCCACCUCCACUCCACCACCUCCUUCUAGCUCGGAAGGAACAUGCCCAUUGAAUGUCCAUAAAUUUAGCGUAUGUGCUGGUUUCUUUAAAGAUCCUGGGAAUGGGAUAGGAAGUGGUGAACAAUGUUGUUCUCUUCUUGAUGGCCUUACAGACUCUGAAGCAGUCGAUUGCCUCUGUGAUGCCAUAAAAAAUCAAGUUUUCGAUACUCCUAACUUAACGAUCCCAGUUGAUAUUAAUGUUGUCCUCAAAAAUUGUAAUAGGUCAACUGGUUUUCAAUGUUCAUCAACCCCACCACCACCUCCAAAACAAACUCCUCCACCACCUCCUGUAGAAGAUCAUCCCCCACCACCUCCAACUUCAACACCACCCCCGCCUCCCACCUCCACUCCACCACCUCCUUCUAGCUCGGAAGGAACAUGCCCAUUGAAUGUCCAUAAAUUUAGCGUAUGUGCUGGUUUCUUUAAAGAUCCUGGGAAUGUGAUAGGAAGUGGUGAACAAUGUUGUUCUCUUCUUGAUGGCCUUACAGACUCUGAAGCAGUCGAUUGCCUCUGUGAUGCCAUAAAAAAUCAAGUUUUCGAUACUCCUAACUUAACGAUCCCAGUUGAUAUUAAUGUUGUCCUCAAAAAUUGUAAUAGGUCAACUGGUUUUCAAUGUUCGUCAACCCCACCACCACCUCCAAAACAAACUCCUCCACCACCUCCCGUAUGUGCUGGUUUCUUUAAAGAUCCUGGGAAUGGGAUAGGAAGUGGUGAACAAUGUUGUUCUCUUCUUGAUGGCCUUACGGACUCAAGCGAUCGAUUGCCUCGUGAUGCCAUAAAAAAUCAAGUUUUCGAUACUCCUAACUUAACGAUCCCAGUUGAUAUUAAUGUUGUCCUCAAAAAUUGUAAUAGGCCAACUGGUUUUCAAUGUUCGUCAACCCCACCACCACCUCCAAAACAAACUCCUCCACCACCUCCUGUAGAAGAUCAUCCCCCACCACCUCCAACUUCAACACCACCCCCGCCUCCCACCUCCACUCCACCACCUCCUUCUAGCUCGGAAGGAACAUGCCCAUUGAAUGUCCAUAAAUUUAGUGUAUGUGCUGGUUUCUUUAAAGAUCCUGGGAAUGGGAUAGGAAGUGGUGAACAAUGUUGUUCUCUUCUUGAUGGCCUUACAGACUCUGAAGCAGUCGAUUGCCUCUGUGAUGCCAUAAAAAAUCAAGUUUUCGAUACUCCUAACUUAACGAUCCCAGUUGAUAUUAAUGUUGUCCUCGAAAAUUGUAAUAGGUCAACUGGUUUUCAAUGUUCAUCAACCCCACCACCACCUUCCAUGAGCUCAACCCCGCCACCCCCUGAUGGUACUGUAACCCUUUAA